UACAGGUUGAACGGGGCGGGUUUUCAGAUAAACAGGUUGGGUGUGUCGCGUUAACUUUCUCAAGUUCUUACAGAGAAGUCACACCGUCUCGCAUUCCUGUCUCUCGUUCCAGAGACUCACAUCUCUCCACAUGGAUUUCUAUAACUUUAGGCUGCCUUUGCUCAUUUUGGCCGCUCUUGGAUGCUGUUCCGAGGGCAGCCCGCUUCUCAACAACAAAACGAACGGCGUUAUCGGUAAAAAUGUGACUUUCAAGACAACAAUCACCUCAACACAAGAAUUUAUAACUAUAACAUGGAAUUUCGACAAAGGCCCAGUAAUUGCACCGAUAAUUACAAGUGUCCCAUUAUCAAACACCAAUAACAUUGAUGAGAAAUACGCCAGCAGAAUCAUCUACAAUAAGACGACGUGUGAGCUUCAGCUCGGGCCGCUGGUGGAGGAGGAUGAAGGGGAAUAUGUUCUCAAUAUAGUCACUACUCAAGGACAGCAACUGUCCGGACAGAUUUAUCUUCAGGUUCUUGAACCCAUAACUGACGUCAAGAUUUCGUCCAAUCUACCUGAAGCUGUUGAGGUCAACAACACCGUGGUUCUUUCCUGCUCUGCCAAAGGCUCCUUUACUUACAAGUGGCUGAAUAGUACAGUCCCUUUGGUGGUGGAUGGCACACGUAUGACACUAAAUGCAGUUGGCAAUGAGCUAAGUAUCACUGAAGUUCGCCGUACAGAUCUGCGAGGACCCAUCUUCUGCAUUGCAGAAAACGCACUGGAGUUCGGGAGGAGCGCUCCCUUCAAUCUCACUGUGAGCUAUGGCCCAGAGAAAGUCGUCAUGACACAGACUCCAACAGAUUCAAUCCUUAAGAAAGGUUCUAACUUAACCUUCACAUGCUCAGCCCAGUCUGACCCUCCCGCUCAGCUCCAGUGGAUGUUUAAUGGGGAGGCGAUGCCUCAGAAGACCACGGCCAACAUUACCCUCACCAAUGUAGAGGAAACAAACAGUGGAAACUAUAGCUGUGUGGCCUACAAUGCAAAGACCAAACGCUACGUUACCUCGCAGGUUGCUGUGGUGUCUGUUCUGGAGGCCUUAUCUGGAACAAGUAUCUCCAGCUCCUCAUCACUUCUCAUCGCUGGCAACAGCACGGUCAACAUCACCUGCUCAGCAGCUGCUGGAAAACCCGAUAGCGUGGAAUGGCUGAAGGAAAGCAAACCUGUGACUUCUAGUGACCGUAUAAUUCUCUCAGCUGACAAGAAAACUCUGACCAUCGUUAAAGUUGUUAAAGAGGAUGCUGGCAACUACAAGUGCCAACUGAAGAACAAAGUCAACAAAGACGAAAGCACAUAUGUGAUGGUGAUCAACUAUGGUCCAGAAAGUGUGAGCGUUAAAGGGAAGACUGCAGUGAAGUUUGAAGAAGCUGCAGAUUUAAAAUGCUCUGCAGACUCUGUUCCUCCCAGUAUAUUCUCAUGGAAGCUCAAUACUACAGCAAUGAACGCCAGCCAGGCAGUCAUUACUAUUGACAAGGCCAGAGUCACGGAUAGUGGCAUGUACACCUGCGAGGCCUUCAACCCCAUCACAGGAAUAACGAAAACCGCAAAACUCACACUCGCAGUCACAGAGGUCGGUGCGGUAGAUGAGGGCCUGUCUGGUGGAGCGAUUGCUGGGAUUGUAAUUGCCGUGCUUGUGGCCGUGAUCAUCAUUGCUUGUAUUAUAAAGCGCAAGAGAAAGUCAAGCACAGACAUUACAUCUCCAUAUUAAAGUGAGAUGUGGGAUUGAAGUGACCCGAGCAUAUCUUCAAGACCAACCCUUCAGCCAUUUAUCAGUCUUUUUUAUCUGCAAAAGCCUUCUCUCAAGGCAACUGGAAAAACUGCCCUCACAAGUGACUUAAACCUGAAGGUUUGGCCCUUUCAGGAGCUCAACGUGUUUAUAGAUGUCCAUUGUUUUUCUGUUAUACCCUGUGCAAACGUACCCAAAUCUUAAGGACACGAUAGAGGUCGACGGUGAGACUCUUCCUUCCCUUGGCUGAAGUGGACAGCUUCCUUUGUUCUUCAAGAAACAUGAUCCAGCCUCCACCACCCUCUCAAUCCUUCAGCUGACCCUGAACCGACAGCUCGACUUGACGUCACAGAGGUCAUUUUGAAAGAGCUCUGUUUUGGGUAACAAAAUCCACCCUUAAAAUGCACUGAGGGGUGACGAGACGGUCACGUGUUUGAGAUCUCAACGCACCCACAAGGCACUGAAACAUCGAGAAUUUAAGACCUGUUCAACAUGCUCGGAAGUCCCAAGGCAAUGAAGAUAUGCGGGGCCAACUUGACUUGAAGCCGAAGGCUCUGCUGAGCUGUCGAUGGAAGGUCAUCCGUGGCAAAGCAUGCCUUGGAGAUCAGAUGCAGGCUUUAAGCUUCUUACACCUUUGCCAUGUUUUGCAACACCUUUUCUUUUUUUUAAACCCCUCAUCUAUUCCCGCGUGUCUUAGUGAGCCGUACACAUUGUAUUUUAAGAGUAAGGCAAGAUCCAACAUGCUUUAACUCAGAAGCGGGAAAAAAAUGCAUUUUUGCGGACAACGACAUGCCACAGUUUUGCAGCGAAAUUGCUACUCUGUCCUUGGGCAUCCCCACAACGAUUCGUCCUGCUGUAAUCAGGAUUCCAAUGGGUUUCCAAAACAGGCCUGUUUUCAAAAUCACCUUGAGUUGACAAACAUAUCUGAAGAUUAAAUCUGAAAAGUGUUUGUAUUAAUACGUUUAAGUUGAUUAUUGCGUUCCAGAAUGUUUUUUUUUUCUUCUUAUCAACAUGUCUGAUACUGAUUCUUUCUUUCAUUGUUUAGUAUUUCUCUUUGACCAAAACGGUGAUCUUGAAGAUCAUGUAGUGAUCUGUUUGAUGUUGCUCAGAUCUCUCUAGAUAUAGAUGCAUCUGUGUAGAAUCUCAGCUUGUCUUUUGUUUGUUUGUUUGUAUGCAGGUGCGGAGCAGCCAUCAUUCCUGAUAUUUCCCAUUUAUUUUUAGAGAUUUCUAAAUUGAUCCCCUCAUUUUUUGGAAAUAAGAGUUAUGGCUGAAAAAAAAAAAAUAAGCAAAAAGCCUCUGCUCCUAUAUGGCAAAUAUAUAUUACAAAUAUAUAUUUUAAAUGGCCAAGGUAAAGAAAUUGCUGAUAAAUUUGCAUAAAUAUAUUUUUAAUCGGUUUUAGUUAAUUUUAGCUCUUUAUAUAUUUCUGAGACUUUUUUUGUAUAUUGCCAGUCUAAAUAUAUUUUCCAAUAUAUAUUAUACAUUGUCCAAAAUAUAUUUAAUAAAAUGCAUUCACCAAAAAAAUUAUUUUUUUCCCUCUUGAAAUAUAUAAUGUAAUAUAUUUUGGCAUUUGACGGUUUAAACAUAAUUUUUUUUUAAUUUGAUAAAUAAUAUUUCACAUUAUAUUAUAUAAUAAUAAUAAUAAUAAUAAUAAUAAAAUACAAUAUAAUAAUGCUAACAUGUGUAAUAUAUAUUGGCCACAGAAUUUUUUUUUUUUUUUUUUUUUUUGGCCAUAUGGGCUAAGUGAACAAACAUCCAAAUAGAAAUGUCCAGCAUCCACUUCGGCAAGGACUAUGAGGCGAACAAUACAAUAUUCAUGGGUUAAUCUGACUUAUAACAUGUCCUUGCCCACACUUUCUUCUAACCCUAGUUGUACGCAAGUACCAUUCAGAACCAUCUUAAUAUGUAAGUAUGUGCUAAUCAACAGCAAAAACACACUAACACAUUCAUUAAAUAUAUUUGUACUUCCUUUUUGCAUUAAAACACACAAAUAUCAUAAAAUGCUGAGCUUUAUAACUCCUUGCAAACCUGUAAACAGUUCCAUCUCCGGCAGCCUGCGUGUGUUUUUAGUGGUCUGGGCUGUUCGUGUGGAGAGACCGGUAAUCAUAUGAGUCUGACCACAGAUACACUGAAUUAACGGUUAGUUCUUACUGUACCACACUGUGGAGACAGACAUCAUUUGACAGGGUCUUAUCCUUGUGUACAUUGCAAUAGCUAAUAUUAGGUGUUGUUUUGAAUGUGAAAUAUGUUUUUGUAUAGGAUAGAUAGAAUUUCAAAUGCAAUUGGAUAAUGUCAAAUUUGAAAUGGAAUUAGUAAUUGUGCACAAAUGCUGUUCAGUGCAUUAAAGUUAUUUGAAUAGUCACCAAACAACAUCUAUCAUUUGUGAAAUGUUCUCAGGUUGUUUACAGGGUGUUUAUAUUCUCUUAAAGUGCAGUGCAGUCAUGUUUUUUAAUAUAAUUUAUUUUCAAAUGUUUUGCUUUUGUGUAACUGUUAUGUUAUGUGUUUAAAAAGAAUGUUUGAACUGCCCUUUUGUGUCAUUCAUUGAUUAACAAGAAAAUAAUACUUGUAAAACUUGAAUUUUUCAGUUUUUUACUCCGCGAUGGAAUAUAAAAUAAAAAUGGCAAUUGCAAGUUUUAUCUAACAAUUCUGACUUUUUCUCACAACUCAGAAUUCUGACUUUACUUCUUGCAACUCAACAUCUCACAGAUGUAAGAUUUUAUCUUGCAAUUCUGAGGUUUUUCUCUGAAUUCUGAGUUUAUAUCUCGUAAUAUAGUGGGGUUUUUUCCCCAUGGAAUAAAAAGUAAAUAAGGUAAUUACGACUUUAUUUUACACUUUUUUUCUUUUUUUAGUGAGAUAAAAACUGAGUUAACGUCUUGCAAUUUUCACUAUUUUUCUCAGAAUUGCACAUUUUUAUUUGAGGGUUUUUUUUGCACUUACAGUAUAUCAUGCAGCGUUUACAUCUUGAAAUUCAGAUUUUUUUUUUUCUCAGAAUUAGGAGUUUAAAUCUCGCAAUUCUGAAUUUAUUCUUGCAAUUCUGAUUUUACAUCUUGCAAUUCCAUUUUUAUCUAGCAAUUCUUAGUUUGUCUUGCAGUUUCUGCAUUUGCGUCUAACAAGGUUUAUAUAUCACAAUUCAGCGUUCAAGUUUAUAUUUCACUGUUCUGAGUUUAUCUAGCCAUUUAUUAGCCAUUUUUGCAACCAUAUUUUGCAAUUCUGCAUUUAUAUCCCACAAUUCUGAUGCAGAAUUGCAAGAAAAAAAUCCAGAAUUAUGAGCAUAAAAAUCACAAUUAACUUUUUUUUAUCUGCAAACAGAAACAAGUUAUACAUCCAUUUUAGUAUUAGAAAUAAAUGUAUGAAUAUGA